CAGCGACAAGUAAGUAAGUCAGUAAUCCAGUUCGGUGUUUGGGUGCCCACGCCCGCCACAGUUGCGCCCGUAUCGUGCUACUUACAAGACGUCUUCUACGCAGUUCAAAUUUGCGAAUUAACACCACCAAUUCAAAUUACAAAAGAAACGAAAUGGUUUCAGCAGUUAAAUCGUUGUUGGCUAUCGCCGUUAUUGCCAGUGUUGUCUGCUCAGCUUUUGCCGUGCAGUGCUAUCUCUGUGACUCAGCCACCGAGCCAAAGUGUGGUGAGAAAUUCGAAGCGAGCGAGGGUAUGAAAUUCGAUUGCGCACGCGUCUCCCCGCCACGUUUCCUGCAGAACUUCUUCAAUGUACACAAUGCCACCGGCUGUAUGAAGAAAGUCCUGGAUGUGCCCGGUCACCCACAAAUCAUUCGUGCCUGCUACUUCGGUGAUGUAUCAAACACUCAAUCGGGCUGCCAGUCGGAUCCCUCUUUGCCAUUCGUGAAGCAGCUGUCGUGCGACGUUUGCACUGGCAAUCUAUGCAAUGGCUCCAGCGCCACAGCUCCCAUCGCCGCCGCCAUCGUGCUCUUCUUCGCCAUGGCACGCAUGCUGUCCUAAAUUGGUUGGCACUGUCUCAGAAGUAGAAAGCAAAAUGUAGUCUAAGGCUGUUUCUUCUCUACACACAGCAAUAUUGCUAUUAUUAAAUACAUAAAUAUUUUAUGCUUAGUUUGUAAAUCUGUGCAUUUUGGACGAUCUUAAUACAUUUAUUGUACAAGUCUUCUGUAUUUUCUAAAGUUUUUCGUUUGAUUUAAUAUAUACUGUACUCGAAAGAGAA